AUGUCCGACCAUGUAGUCCGGGGCUCUAUAUCAAGAACCACCCCCACCCAGCUCGCCUCGUCAUCCGCUGCUCCUUCGGAGUCGAUCAUCUCGUCUUGGUGGACCGGUAUAUCAAGCUGGUGGAACGGUAUUUCUACCUCAUUCGUUUCGUAUUCGCAGCUUCCGCAACAGCCAGAGCUUCAAGAUCAUCAAUCGGAGCGUGAAGGUCAGGAUUAUUCUCCUAUGGAAAUGCGGAGGCUGUCUCAAGCCCGAUGGCGCACUUAUUGGUUGGCAGCGGUGCUGUGUUGUGGUGGUGCGUUAUUCGGGUAUGAUUCCGGCGUCAUUGGUGGUGUCCUCACCUUCGAGUCGUUUCAGGACUCCUUUGAAUUUACUGCCGCACAGAAGACCCGUGUGAGCUCCAUCGCUGUCGGUAUCCAGCAGGCUGGCGCACUAGCCGGAUGCUUCGUCGUCUGGCCGUUGACGAACCGGUAUGGGCGACGUAUCGCCAUGAUGGUUAGCUCGGUGGUCUUUUGCAUCGGUGUCGUGCUCGAAGUCAUUGAAACCCACUCACUUCCAGCGUUUUAUGUUGGGCGAGUGAUAUGUGGACUGGGGAUUGGCGGGUCUGCAACCGUCAUUCCGAUCUACAUGUCCGAGAUGAGCCCCAAGGAGAUCCGUGGCCAGCUUGGCAGCUGCUAUCAGCUGACGUACACGAUUGGCAUCCUAGUAUCUUACUGGAUUGACUACGGCGUCAAGGCAAUGCCCAGCAGCGCUAGGCAAUGGCAAAUACCCAUUGGCCUGCAACUUGUUCCCGGUGCGCUGAUGGGCUUGGGCAUGCUCUCGCUCGACGAGAGCGUACGCUGGCUUUUGGCCCAUGGCGAGCCAGCCAAGGCCUGGCGCAGCAUGGUCUGGAUUCGGGCUGGCGAUAGCCCUGCUGUGAGCCAGGAGUUUGAAGAUAUGCGGCGCGGCCUUGAAGAGGAGCGUCAUGCGACGGCUGGCUUCCGUCCGCGUGAGCUCCUCGAAUGGCCCAACCUGCAUCGGUUGCUUAUCGGUGGCGGGCUGUUUCUGGCGCAGCAGUCGACCGGCUCGACGGCGUUGGCCUAUUUUGGUCCACAGUUCUUCUCACUGCUUGUCGGACCAGGUGACAAGAACUUGCUGCUGACCGGCAUCUUUGGCGCCAUCAAGGUGGUUGCUUGUCUCAUCUUCGUGCUUUUCAUGUCCGACCGGUUCGGGCGCCGCCCGUUGCUGGCCAGCGGAGCGGCUUGCAUGGCCGUGUGCAUGCUCGCCACCGCCGCCGUGGUCAAGCAGUACCCGCCGCAUGACGGCGUAGUUACAUCCGCCGGCAUUGCAACUGUGGCUCUGAUAUACCUUGAUAUCAUCGCCUACAACUUCAGCUGGGGUCCGCUGCCUUGGCCGUGCACAAGUGAGAUCUUUCCGACACGCAUCCGUGAACCCGGCGUUGCAUUUGGAGUGGGCUCACAGUGGCUCUUCAAUUUCAUUUGGAGUUUCUCGACUCCUUAUAUCAUGGCCGGGAUUGGCUGGGCUACAUUCCUGCUGUUCGGCUUACUGGACAUUCUUAUCGUCGCGUUCACAUUACUCUGCCUCAAAGAGACCGCCGGAAAGACCCUCGAGGAGAUCAAUGAGAUGUUUGACGGGGUUGAUCCUGAUACCGAGGAGGGCUGGAAGGGCGCGACGCUGCAUGUUGAGCCUGAGGGCCAUGACAACCAUGGCCAGCGACAAAACCGGCACUUUGAUGCCACAGAGUCUGUUAGGUCUGGAUAA